AUGUUUUGCGUGAUUCAGGGAGUUGGAGAACGAUCUGUCGGAAUUUACGUAAAAAAAGUGGUGGAUCAAAGUGCUGCCCAGCGGGAUGGUCGUCUCGAGCCUGGUGACCAGCUGCUCUCAGUCAAUGGCCAGUCACUUGUUGGCAUUAGCCAAGAAGAGUAUGGUUUUAAAUACUCGGCAGCAUCAAAGAUGGCCUCGAGUGGGCCGAUUGUCUCUUUUGAAGUGUGCAAACAUGCCGCACGUUACAACGGUCUCAUUGAAUGGCUCAGUAAUCCACCAUCCACACCCUCGCAGCAGCAGUCAUCCGAUCAUUUUCCACCAAGCAACACCGUACAACCAAUCGUCCCUGCUGCGCCUGCAAAUAUUCCUGGAAAUAGCAAUCUAGCCAGCGUCUCUGAGUUUUCGAGGCAAAAUUCAGCCACUUCGACAGCUUCGAAUUUUUCGAGCCAACCUCACUUCAUGGUACCGUUUUUUGCGCAGUUUGCUAGCUUCGCUUGUGUAAAUAAGUAUUAUUCAUAA